AGUCGUCUUCUUCGUUUGGAUCUCGUCACCGGAGCUACACCGGCGCUUCAGUGCUUGCUUCUAUCGUCGACUAAUAGAACCAGAAUCCGAUAAAAAAAAAAAAAAAGUGUUGACUCAAUCAAAGAGAAGUCAUGAACACUCACAAUAAUCGAUACGCAAAAUGGAAACAGAGAGAGCUUGUUCUUAUACUCCUAUACGCCAUCGCUUUCUAUGCUUAUGUCGUAUGGAGAUCGCUUCGUCUCUCCCACGAUCAUUACUUCAAGCUCCAUGGUUUAGCUUCUGGCUGGCUCAUUCCUAAUCGACGUAAUGAUGUUUCUGAUGCUCAAUGGAGGAACUUUCGUGGAAAUUUGCCAAUUCUUAGCUUUGUUUUCGCUGUUUUCACUGUGAUUGCAAAUGGGGUUAGGUCGUUUUUCCAUUUAAGAGCUAAAGGAAUGGCUAUCUUGUGGCUUUCAAUGUCGUUAAUAUACUUGAUAUACUUACAUGGAGCUUGCGUCAUUUACAUUCUCUCGAUUGCAACAGCCAAUUUCCUUCUUGUUAAGGUUUUUGCACGGACUAGUUACUUUCCUUACAUGCUGUGGACUUUCAACAUAUUUUUUCUCUUCUGCAAUCGCAUUUAUGAAGGAUAUUCUUUCUCCAUUUUCGGGCAACAGUUUGAAUUCCUGGAUAACUUUCGGGGCACAUUUAGAUGGCAUAUAUGCUUCAACUUUGUUGUUUUGCGCAUGUUAAGUUUUGGAUAUGAUUAUCACUGGAGCCAACUGGAUUCUCAUUUUGAUCAGGAGAAACACGUAAUGCGCUGUUCCUUAUGUAAGUUGGGGAAGACUUGCUACGUAGUGCGACAGGAGAGAGGUCUAGCAAGUGAUAGCUGCAGUUUUUCUCUAUACCUUUGUUAUUUGGUAUAUGCACCCUUGUACCUUGCGGGGCCAAUUAUAAGCUUUAAUGCAUUUGCUUCUCAGCUAGAUAUGCCACAGAAUACUCUUUCAUUCAAAGAUGUUGCUUGGUAUGGAGUGCGUUGGUUAUUCAGCUUCUUGCUGAUUGAACUCAUGACACACUUAUUUUAUUACAAUGCCUUCGUGAUCAGUGGUCUGUGGAGAGAACUAUCUCCUGUGGAAAUAUUUAUUGUCGGAUACGGAGUACUAAACUUUAUGUGGCUUAAGUUCCUUCUUUUAUGGAGAUAUUUCCGCUUUUGGUCUCUGGUGAAUGGCAUUGAAACUGUUGAGAACAUGCCGAAUUGCAUUAACAAUUGCUACAGCCUAGAACUAUUCUGGAAAACCUGGCAUGCCUCAUUUAAUAGGUGGCUUAUCAGGUAUAUGUAUAUUCCUCUAGGUGGAUCACGAAGAAAAUUUCUGAAUGUGUGGGUUGUAUUUACAUUUGUUGCCAUGUGGCAUGAUUUGGAAUGGAAGCUUCUUUCAUGGGCAUGGUUAACAUGUUUAUUCUUCAUGCCAGAAAUGUUACUGAAAUCAGCAUCCAGUGCAUAUAAGGUUGAGAGUGCUUUUGGAGAAUUCCUCCUUCGUGAACUCAAGGCGUUGUCUGGUGCCGUCACAAUCACAUGCCUCAUGAUUGCAAAUCUUGCUGGCUAUGUCAUUGGACCAUCUGGUAUAAACUGGAUGGUCUCCAGCUUUCUCAAAAGAGAAGGAGUACCUGUUCUGGGCGGCGUGUUCUUUAGCUUGUACGUGGGUACAAAGCUGAUGUUCCACAUCCAAGACUUAAGAAGUGUGGCGCAUAGCCCGAAGUAGCCAAGGGAAAGAGACAAAGAGUUGUAAUCUCCUCAGUUACAACCAAGUAAUUUCAUUAUUGUUACGUUUUGUAAAAAAUUUAGUCGGACUAAUCGAGUGUAUCCUUGCUGGAAGAAUGGAAAAUUAAAUCAACUUUUGCAAAGGCUUUUGGAUAGAUGAUCACUGACCACCUGCAGUUUUCAAAAGCACAAUGAACGCUUAUGAAAGGUAUCUAGUAAAUGAACGACAAUCCCCUGCAUUCUUAUCAUACACCAAACCAUGCAUGACCUCAUGAAUGAUUUUGUGCUGACUGCGGCUGCAUAUUCGUCCUGGAUGGUUGGACCUAUGACUUUGAUUUCCUAUUUCAGUCCAGCUUCUUACUGGUUAGGUGCGAUUGAGACCAUAGAAGAAAACCAUCAGAGUCACAAUUUUGUCCCUUCCCAACCCAACAAAAACAGGUUGAGACAAGACAUUGGAGGAUUAAGACACACCUCUACUUUUAAUCAUGUGGCUCUGAUUUGAAACUAGGUCUCUUAGACGUAAUGGAAUUGUAUAAAGUGAUGCUAGUGACAAUUUGAAACAAUAGUCAUAGAAAACAAUACACGUAUAAUUUGCAAUAAGUGUCCAAAUAAUAUUAAUUAUCAGAAAGGACAAAAAUGUG